ACACAGAUUUGGGCUUGACCAAAAGAUCUUUAUUUACAUUUUAUCUUCAUAAAAAAAAAAAAAGUGAAAUUGCUGGACAUAAGAGGAGAUUGAUAAUGGUGACGUGGUUGAUUGAGCUUGGUUGGUUUCAUGGUUGGGAUUUUGGAGUUCACCAGGUGCAAACAUAAGAGUUUUAGGGAUUUUUAUUAUUUACUUUUUCUUAUAGCCUUAGAUGGAGCAAUUUCAGAUACUUAACAUCUUGGAAAUGUGAAUUUUUAACAUCUAAGGAUUUUGAUUUAUUUACUGCAGACGAUUAAUUUGUGGUGAUAUAAAUUGGUUUGUGGUUGUUAAUCUCUUUUAAUUUUGGAUUUUCAUGUUUCAAUGGUAAUAGUCACAAAUGUGUAUUUUAGGUCUAGGCUAACCCCAGUGGAGUACUUUUUCUAUGUGAAAAACUUUAAAUUUCAUUCAUCUAUUUCCCGUGUCUUUGAAUUUCUGACUCACUAAGUUUUAGGCUGGACUCAAUUUUGAGCUUAUUUAAGCCGUUAAUUCGAAUCUACUGUAACUUGAAUAGAUUAGGAUUCUUUUGCACAUCCUUGCCCAACUUGUUCACUUUAUAUACUACUGAUUUUAGACCUCAAACGGCUUAACCCGCCUGAUACAAUUGAUCCUUUAGAACUAAAAUACGACAUCAGAUGAUUUUUGUGGAUAGCAUUAUGAAUUUUAAUAGCAUCUGGCCACUGAUUGUUCUAUCCAACAAUUUAGAGCUGGAAGAAGUCACUUGUGUAUAUAGUUCUCUACCUACUUUUGAGCUGUUAUUAUGGUGUAUGUUCCGGGUAUGAGAAACAGUUGAUAGAAGUGAUCCCCACACUGAAACAAGUCUAUGCAAAGUCAAACUAAUCAGUUGAUAUUGUGUUUGCUGUAAAUAUCCGUUUGCCGUAUCUUCAUGUUUUAGAGUUAUUUUCUAUUAUGUUUUAAAUUCUUUUUACCUUAUGUGUGUGGCCUGAGACACAAUUUUGAGCUUGUUUAAGAGUGUAAUUCUUGUAAUUGGACUACUUAUGUGCGGUUAAAGGCUUAGGAUUGUUUUACACCAUUGCCUUCCUUGUCCCUGCUGUCUUUCUAUGCAGAGCGUCGUGGUACUGUUAUCAUAGGCCUGCCUUUGACGAGAGGAAGGAUAGCAUUUGGAUCAGACACCCGCUGCACUUACAAAAAUGGGUUAUUGGUGAAGCUGAAAUCAGGGGUCGAAUAUCAGAGCCCCAAACUGCUCAGGGUGGAUGCAAAUGUGUCGAUGGCUACUUGUGGUGAUGAGAGUUUUAACUUGAUGGUGUACCAGGAGGUGGCCAGAAAAUCAAUGACCGAAAUGCGUACAACAGACGGAUUAGCAUCUCUAGUCGAGAAAACCAUGGGCGCAUACUACCGUGAUUCCAUCAAAUCAGGAAUUUUCUUAGGUGUGAUUGAGGAAGGCGAAACAAGAUUUUUUCAUCUCUUUACAAGCCCUUCAGGAUCUCCAAGAUUUUAUGAGUCUCGCGGGUAUGUGUUGGAUGGAUCUUGUUAUCGUGACGCAGAGGCUUACCUAGCACGAUAUUAUGAUCCUAACAUGGAAGACGUUGAAGUACUACAAUUGCUGAAACAUUGCGUCAACCUCACUGCAGGGAGGGCCAUAAUUGACUCUAGAGAAGAUGCCCAAAAGGGAAACUUUCAUGAUCCUUACGUCGGAGGAUGGGUUCUUGGAUCCAUCAUCCAACAUGGCAUGCCCAUACCGCCACUAUCAUUUGGGACAAUGUGUCCCAAUUCAGAUGUGAUGUUUCUGGAAACAUAUAGACUCCACUUGUUAUGAAGUUUACGAGAUAUAGACUCCAUAAACUUUUAUAGACUCUACUUGUUAUGAAGUUUACGACUCUUUCUGUAAUGAAGUACAUCUUUUUCUAACUCUUUUAAGUUGGUUUGUUAUUCCUAUAUGUAAAGGUCUUUUGUUUA